AUAACAUCUGCUGAGGGUAAAACCUGAUUGGCUGCAGCGUCUCUGCACUGACCUGUGAUUGGUGGAUCAGAGCUCAAACCAGUUUCUGUUCUCUGGAAAUGAAACUCAUACAGUCAGUGUGACAGAGAGGAGAAAUGGCGCAGCAGGCAGGUCAGCUGAACCGAGAAACUUUCUCCUGUUCCAUCUGUCUGGAUCUACUGAAGGAUCCGGUGACGAUUCCCUGUGGACACAGUUACUGCAUGAACUGUAUUAAAAGCUUCUGGGAUGAAAAUGAGGAGAAGAAAAUCUACCACUGCCCUCAGUGCAGACAGACAUUCACACCCAGGCCUGUCCUGCAGAAGAGCACCGUGCUAGCAGCUUUAGUGGAGCAGCUGAAGAAGACUGGACUCCAACCAGCUCCUGCUGAUCACUGCUGUUCUGGACCUGAAGAUGUGGCCUGUGAUAUCUGCACUGGGAGGAAGCUGAAAGCCAUCAGGUCCUGUUUGUUCUGUCUGGCUUCUUUCUGUGAGAAAAACCCUCAAUUUCAUUAUGAAUCAGCUCCCGUUAAGAAACUUAAGCUGGUGGAGCCGUCCAAGAACGUCCUGGAGAAAGUCUGCUCUCGUCACGAUGAGGUGAUGAAGAUGUUCUGCCGCACUGAUCAGAAGUGUAUCUGCAUUAUAUGUCUAAUGGAGGAACAUAAAGGCCAUGACACAGUGUCAGCUCCAGCAGAACCAGAACCACAGAACAGAGACGGAUUCUUAAAAUAUACUUUUGAAUUCUCAUUGGAUCCAAACACAGAAAACAGUAAACUGGAAGUAAAUCAGAGGAACAGGACAGUGAAAUUGACAACAGGAGUAAAUAAUUCUGAUUCUGGUAAUCCAGACAGAUUCACUGGAUGGCCUCAGGUUCUGAGCAGAGAGAGAGUGACUGGGCGAUGUUACUGGGAGGUGGAGUGGAAAGAGAGAGUUCGUGUUGCCGUCGCUUACAAGGAUAUCAGCAGAGCAGGAAACAGGAAUGAAUGUGGAUUUGGAUACAAUGACAAAUCUUGGGCAUUGAGUUGUUCACAAAGUGGUUUUAGUUUUGGCCACAACAACAUCUGGACCCUCAUCUCAGGUCCAGUUUCCUCCAGAGUGGGAGUGUUCCUGGACCACGCAGCAGGUCUUCUGUCCUUCUACAGCGUCUCUAAAGACCAGAAAGACAUGACUCUCCUCCACAGAGUCCAGACCAGAUUCACUCAGCCGCUGCAUGCUGGGCUUUGGGUUGGGGAGGAGUAUUUCUAUAAUGAAUACUCUGCAAAGUUCUGUUAACCCAAAUAGAUUUCCUUUUGUCUCUCUGAUUGUUGAUCAGGGUUCAUGGCUCUGAUGUCUCUGAUCUUCUUUGUUUCUGGUUUAAUUGUAGUUUUCUGUCUUCCAGAAGUCAAAGUAAAUCCCAGCUUUUUCUUUCUUAUGUAUCACAGAAAUAUUUCUCCGCAUGAAAAUAUAAACCUAAUAUGUGUACUGAUGUAUUUGGAUGUUCUGCUUUGUAAAAGUUGAUGUAUAACUCAUGUUUGACUGCAGCAUGACUGAUAUCUAGUCUCCUGUGUUUAACUUGCUUGGCUUUAAUAAAACUAGAGGAUCCAAGAACGAUUUGAUGCUUAGAAAAAUACUGACUAUCACUGCACGCUAUCUGAAAGUCAAAAGGUGGAGAUGUUGGUAAAAUAAUCUGCAAUAAAUUCACAUUUCUUCA